CAGGACCGGAGGUGGCACGAUGUCCGUCUCCUUCAUGGAGGCGCUCGACACGCUCAAGAGCAUGUUCCCCGAGCUCGACACGGUGACGAUCCGCGACGCGCUCGAGGCGAAGGGCGGACACAUGGAGUCCGCGGUCGAGGACUUGCUGCAGAUAUCGCGUAAACAACGCGGGGUCGGUGGCGGGAUGGGCGGGGGCGGGGGGUUCGGCGGCGACGACGGCGGACGGAGCGGCGGGGGGUACGGCGGCGGGUCGGGUGGGAUGGGCGGCGGCGGCGGUGGAUCCUUCAGGUGCGCGCGAUGACCUCGAACCCGCGUCUCCGGGCGCCCUCCGCGGCCGGGAUUUCCUCCGCCGUCCUGUCCUCAGCGGGAAACCCUCCAUGCGGCGGUUCAGGCGGCGGCGACUACUACCGCAACGCGCCCCCGCCGCGUCGCGACGACUCCAUCUGGGGCUGGCUCACGGGCGAAUCCGACGACGACGGCGGCGCCGCCGGAUACUCCUCCAACUACGCCGGCAACCCGAACGACGACACGCUGACGUGGCUCGCAAACUCCGCGAACUACUACGCCGCGGAGAUGGCGCGGAACGUCAAGUCCGUCACCGACGCGAUCGCGGAGGAGCUGCUGGGACCGGCGGAGGACGAGGAAGGGGAAGAGAUCGAGGAGGAGGACGCGUCGGUGCGAGGCACGGGCGAGGUGGUCGCGGGCGGCGCGGUGGGGAACAAAGGCCGAAGGAAGAAGAAGAAGGAGGAGCCGAAGCCGAAGCCGAAGCCGAAGAAGAAGACGCUCGAGGAGGAGGAGGAUGACGAGGACGACGUCAUCGGCGGGGUGUUGAAUCUGUUGGGGUUGGAGGAUGACGAGGAGGACGAGCCGUACGUGCGACGCGAUUGCAAGAAGGACAAGUGAUCUAUCUACAGAGCCGAGGAGGAGGGCGGGAUAGAUAGCCCCGAGGGGAGGCCUUGGAUCGCGAUAUCGUCGCGUCGCGUCGCGUCGCGUCGACGACUUUCUUUUGAGAUGAAUAACGAUUCUUU